AUGUCCAAUAAUUCUCCUAAUCAUCAAAGUCAAGAAAGUACAGAAAGUGAUUCAGAAGAUUCUACCAAACUAAAUAUUAAUUUGGGUACUUUACAAAAGUCUGUAUCAAAUGUAUUUCAUGUACAAUGUACCUCUAUACAAGAAUUUAGUGAAGGUGGUUUUCAUAAAGUAGAAAUCUUAAAGAUGGAAGAUAGUAAUGAAUAUAUUAGAAGAGUAGCAUUCCCUGUAUAUCCACAAUGA